AUGGCUCUGGUUGAUUACCCGUCUUCUGAUGAAGAGGAGGAUGAAGAUACUGCAACGCUUAAAAGCAGUAAAGAGAGCUCCACCCUCAAAAGAAACCAUGAAGAGCCGUCAAACUUACCUCCGCUGCCUUCCAAGUUCCAUGAUCUCUACGCUUCGACGACAAGAGUGAGCAUAAGAGACGACCCAAGCCUGCAUGAGGGCAGAAAGAGAGUGAUUCCACACAUUGAAGGCAACUGGCCAACCCAUAUUUAUAUUGAGUGGUAUCCAUCGACAACAGAAGAUGCCUCAUUAUCAAAGCUGAUCUCGGCACUGCAAAAAGAAAUCUCACUUGAUUCCAACUCCAAAGUCCACUCCUCCGUGACUAGCGACGUCGGUGUUCCUCUACCACUUCAUGUCAGCCUUUCUCGGUCACUUGGAUUUCUAGCACCACAGAAGGACGAGUUCGUUGAUUCACUGGGUCGAGUUUUGAAAGUGUCAGGCAUUCGACCCUUUGACAUCACUUUCACUGGCUUGAAAUGGGUUGCCAAUUUCGAGAGAACUCGCUGGUUCCUCGUUCUGAGUAUUCCCAAACCGGAGUCUGACGGGCUGAACAAGCUUCUCCAUGUCUGUAAUUCGGUAGUCAAGCAAUAUGGGCAACCGCCUCUUUAUCCAAAGCCACCAACUGGGCCAGCCUUCACUCCUCGAAAGAAGCAUCAGAGGCGAAAGUCGCAGGAGAACAGGAGAGCACCCUACGACAAAAGUCACAGUAACAUAGAUUGGACAGACAUGCAAGACGCUACCGAUGCCCUGCAUAUUAGCCUGGCGUGGACGCUACAAAGCCCGAGCCAGGAACUCCUGGAGCUGACCGACCACGUUGCCAAAGAUCAUCUUGAUCUACUUCAAAAAAUAGAAGUCAGUAUCGCUGAGAUCAAAUGCAAGGUGGGAAACAUUGUGACGAGCAUGCCUUUGCCACGGCAUGCUUCAGAGCACGAAUGA